UUUGUUUACAAAAUUCAUACACUACAAGUUGGAAAGCGAAGACGUCGAAAAAACAAAUAUAGACAAAAUCGUAUUGAAAAAAAACAAAGAAAAAAUGCACAUAACGAGCUAUCAGACGAAUUAUUAUUCAAUACAAGAUAUUUUGGUGACCCAAGAGAAGAUUCCGUGCAUUGCUGAAACAUUAAUACAUGGAAUAGGAACACUAGACCCCACAUUUGAUCGUCCGAAUAUUGCACGCGGUGAAAAGAUUGAGCUUCCACUAUGGUAUGCAAUUCAUCAACGAUCACGAACGCUAAACUUUCAAGUGCCCGACAUUUAUAAAAGCCGACUGAAGGAAAUUUGUGAAGCGGACGCGCUCGCCGUCGAUCUGGGACGAAUGAAUAAAUACUUCUACAGUUUUGGUCAGUAUGUUACACCGUUCGAUAAUAGUCACUCGGUCGCCCCAAUGUUGUAUGAAACGUGUCGUGCCCGAUGCCGGUCGCUCAUUGAUUUGAGCAAAGAUUCAGCAAGAGGAUUGAAAAAUGCACAAAAAUUUGAAUACAUCGAAUCCGAAUUGUAUUCGAUUGGAUGCCAAACAACCGACUCAUUCACAAAGUGGCUGAGCGGACGAACCGAAUUGCUGCACACACCGAUCAUGGUCAGCAAUCAUCAAAAGCGACAACGAGCCCAACUUCAGGAUGGCUAUGAUGAUAAUCCACGACUAUCAAAAAGCCCAAAAAUUUAGCAUAUUUCCAUUCACAUGUCAUUCUUAAGUUAUAAUAAAAAGAAAAUGUUCAGCAUCGGAA